AGAAUUUUAAAGCAGUUGUUAAUGAUUAUUGGAUUGUUAAUUUACGGGUUUAUGCCGCUGCAAAAGCUGAAAAAUCGUUCAAAUGACUUAUCGUUGUCUUGACGUUCUUGCAAAUGAAUGCAUGAAAACUGCUUAAAGAACAUUAAAAAUUUUGUCAAAAAAUGUUUAGUGCUAUGUAUAAUUAAUGACCAUGAAAGAAUAAUCUUCAAGAGAAAUUAUGAAUGAGGCUUUCUACUUUUCAUUUCUUCAUUUCAACAAACUAUAAAUUAAUAAUUCCUAGCAUGAAUGAUGCCUAAUGUCUCUAGAUUUAUUGGUAUUUUAUUGGUGAAUGGUGGCAGAUGCGGCCACUCAUCGGAGCGUCACCUAUAAUCCACCAAGGCCACCUAUAAUCAUCGGUGCACCACCCUUAAGUUUUAUUUUGAUAAAAGUAGGCAAAGUUGUUUGUUGAUUAGUCUGAGGUUGCGGAGGCCAAACCCUUUCGUCUCGGAUACAUUUACCGCCGUCAAUGCUAUUCGUACCUAGUGGUUUGGAAGCCAGAACUCCCGUCAGUCACGGAAGGGUUAAACCCGGAGUCAAGAUGCUGAUGGAAACCAAGGCCCACAUGGACUACUGGUCCGUCGAACACUUCUGUGGGCGGUGGACGUUGAGGACAGGAGCUCUGUUCAUCGCUUCCAUCACUGCGGUGUGGUCAUUGACAUCAGUGCAGUGGUUCGUGGCGAUGCAGUUCUGCGACAGGAAGGAAGGACAGGAGGCGUGCUGGAUCAUUCCUAAACCUGAGGUGCAGACAAUCAACAGGAUGUCUCCUGAAAAUGCACAAAAAAUUCAACACUACCUGAUCAUCUGCUUGAUCGUCUAUCACGCGCUGUACUUCAUCUUCUCCCUCAUGGUCUUCACGGGCGUCUACAAGAAAGUUCCGACGUUGCUCUCCCCCUGGGUGGGCAUGACGAACAUACACAUGAUGCUUGUGUUCGUGGACCUGCUGCUGACGCUGGCCUUCACCACCCUCCUGCACCUGCUGAUCACGCUGGCACACUUCGUGGCCGCCCUUUGCGCCUGGGUCGUGGUCAAGUCCCACCGUCAGCAGCUGCGUGUGCUAAGGUCCCGACCACCCAUACCUGAUAAUGCGCUACUCGACUACACCGUUGAUGGUGUAGAUAAAAUUGCGCUCGAUCCUGUGCCGUGAACAUAGCGAUGAAUAAAACAAAUUUUGAUUAUGUGCCUUUAACGUCGUGAACAAAACAGUUUUGAUCCAGGGCCGUGAACAUAGUGAUCAAUAAAACAAAUUUUGAUUAUGUGCCUUUAACGUCGUGAACAAAACAGUUUUGAUCCAGGGCCGUGAACGUAGUGAUGAAAAAAACAAAUUUUGAUUAUGUGCCUUUAACGUCGUAAACAAGACCGUUUAGAUCCAGGGCCGUGAACGUAGUGAUGAAUAAAACAAAUUUUGAUUAUGUGCCUUUAACGUCGUGAACAAUAGAGCUUUGAUCCAGUGCCGUGAAUAUCGUGAACGAAAUGGCUCUUGAUCCCAUGCCACGAACGAGAACGCCUUCAAUUCUCUGCGAUGAACCUCAUGGUCAAAACAGUUCUUUUUCUUGAUCCUAUGCGGUGAACGUCAGAUGCCUUGAAAGUUGUAAACAAAACAUCCCUUGUACGCUGACACCAAAAUAGCUCCUACUCCUGCGCCGUGAAGAAAAUACCAUUUUCACCUGUGCUGUGGUAAUCGUGAAAAAAUAGCAAACGAUCCUGUGAUAUGAACAAAAUAUUUCGAUAAGCAACUUCAUGUUUAGUGAACCAACAUCGUUUCAUGCGAAUGCAAAACCAUCUAAAUUGAGUCUAUACUAUUCAUGAAACUUGUAAUUUUCCACAAUAGAAUUUCUUCAAUUUACACAGAACUUCAUAUUGCCUAUUUGUGUAUAAAUAUGUAAUAGACUUAGUAUAACAUGUUUGUUAUAUGUCUGUAUAGUAUAAGAUAUAUGUCAAUGUCCUCUAUACGAUAUUCUUUAAAAAAAUGCACAUUCAGCGACAGUUAACUGAAACUGGUCGUAAGUUCUUUUGUGUGUAUUAAAUUUACUAUUUUUCAAACUGCGUUUGCAAUAAGAUCAAAAUCAUUAUACUUCAAAUAAAUUGCCGAAUUCAAUCGCACAGUAAACAAGUUUAUGCCGACCAAAGAAUGAGUAUUUUUUAAUAUUUUGUUUCAGUUUCAUGAACCUAUGAUUUAUCUAGUGAAUGUGGAGUUGAUCUCAACUUAUAAAAUUUUAACGACCAAUAAUAUUCAAAUCAGAUUUUUCAUAAAUUUUAUUUUUUCUAGUCAGAACCACGAAUGAGAGAAAUUUUUAUAGUCUUGGCCAAUUGCUGAUGAAUACAGUUGAAUAAAAGUUUUUCGCAUUUAA